CGCUGGUGGUGGUGACGCUGGUGGUGGUGACGCUGGUGGUGGUGAUGCUGGUGGUGGUGAUGCUGGUGGUGGUGACGCUGCGAAUGAUGGUGACCUCAACCACUACUACUGAUACUAAUGCUGCUGGUGCUACUGCUGGUGACACUGCUGGUGACACUGCUGGUGACACUGCUGGUGACACUGCUGGUGACACUGCUGGUGACACUGCUGGUGACACUGCUGGUGACACUGCUGGUGCUACUGCUGGUGACACUGCUGGUGACACUGCUGGUGACACUGCUGGUGACACUGCUGGUGACACUGCUGGUGACACUGCUGGUGCUGUAAUUUCUACGACAAUCACCGCUGAUGAUGGUGUUUCUGCUGUGACUAACGACCCCUACUACUGCUGAUGCUUCUGCUGUGUUUACGAUAUCUACCACCACUGGUGAUUCCCCCGUGUCUACGACCUUUACCACUGCUGCUGCUGCUGCUGCUGCUGCUGUUCCUCGCUGAGCUCAGCGCUGGGGGCUGGAAACCCCGGGGAACCCCUCAGUCCCAUUGUGGGUUCAGUGAUCGGUGGGGUGUUGGCUGUGUUGUUGCUGUUGAGCAUCGCCCUUGUGGUGGCCAAGUGUAAGGGACGCUCUUCCCACGAGGCCCACAGUCCUCCCUACAGUUUGCGAGAGAGCGCCAGUAGUCCUGGGGAUGCAGGCUACAAGUCCUGUGGGAAGGUAGACAUCCGUCACGACUCCAGUGUCACCCACACCACCGACCCACACGAUCACUCAGGCCUCGACCUUGUCACUGCCUCCCAUGAGUCGGCCGUGAUGACCCACUCCCAUGACUCCAGUACACCUCUUAUAGGCAACGGACGAUUAGUGCAAGGACAGGUGAAGCAAGAACAGAUGUAUCAACAGCAGCAACAGCAGCAGACACAACAGCAGUAUCCUCAGCAGCAUCACUACUCUGAUCAGCAGCAACAGAAACCUCAGCACGUGGUGAGGGUGGAGGCCACAACUGGAGGCGGUGUAGGAGUAGGAGAGGCGCCGUACUACCCAGAAGACGUUCUUCUGGAAGGCGGUAGUUCCUUGCCCUACCAGCCUCAGAAGGUCACCUACGUCCCCGUCUUUGACUACCAGCAUCACCCGCAACACAAGGGUGAACGCGACUGGUCGGCGACUGAGGGCGUGUGGGGCGGCGCGCCUGGACCAGCCGUGGGCGGGGGAGUGGGCGGGAGUGCCGCUAAGGACCAGCCUGACAGCUCGCCUUUGUCUCCAUACGGCGUAGUUGAUCCCCGGCGGCACUCUGCCUACUUGCGCCCACUGGACCAACUGCCUCCCCAGCUAAGCCAGCUGCCGCCGCACCUAGCAGAGCACCAGCUGGGCAGGCAAUAUGUGCCCACUCUCCACCAUCCCCCUCCCUCCACCCCCAGCAUGUUCCAACCCACCUCGGAGCAUGAGAGCGCUGUCUAGUGAUCCAACAGAAGCUGGAGUGCGGCUCUGCCUGGGUGUUGCAUACUCAACUGUACACUAGCAUAUCACUUCUUUCUGAUCACCCUGAUGGUGUACGGCUAUGUUCUAGCUCAGAUUAGCAGAUGUAUGGCCGGUACACUUUGAGUGGGAGUUUAUGUAGCAGUGUACAGCCUGUGUACUCGAUGUAUGGGUCAAGUUUGUGUAUUUGCCAUUUGUAAGUGUAUGGCUCAAGCAGUGGCGCGGACAGGAUUACAAUCUAAGGGGAGGCUUAAAUCCGGAUUUCAAUUUGCUGGGUCAUUAAAAUCAUGAAAUGCUGAAAAAAUCAACGAAAUAGUCUUUAAACAAUAAAUGAUUUCCAGUAUGUAUGUGAAAUUUCUUACUCUCGUCCCCUCUGGGGGCUUUAACCCCCGUGGCUGCACCACUGGGCUAAUGUAUUGUGUGCAAGACCGUGUACCAAGCCCAUGUAACAGCUGCUCAACCCGUGUAACGAAGUGAGGGUACAGAGUUUGGGCUAGCCCUGUGUAACAAGUGUAUGGCCAGUGUAACCUAAGUGUGGGACUAGAACUGUGUGCUAGCCCUGUAUAACACUUACGAGGCACGAGUUAAUAGGUCUGUGUACUAGUUUUUCCUAUACGGUACAUCUCUUUGAUUACUGGGCAGUGUAAGACAGGCCUAAUAGAGUAAUACAUGACCGAGUAUUGGCUCAACACUCUGGCCCCUACACCAGGCUAUCAGCAGACGGAGACACAGGGACCUUGGCUUGCAGCCAUUCCCGGCCCCAGAAUGGUACCACUGAUAUUGUUUACAGACGCUCUCUCACAGAGAAUCGACUCAGUUCCCUGUUAUCCAGGGAAAUUAUUGUGCGUGUGUGUGUGUGUGUGUGUGUGUGUGUGUGUGUGUGUGUGUGUGUGUGUGUGAUGUGAAAGAGCUAGCCUUGUGUUAUUUAUACUACCAAAUGGACUACUAGGCGUGGCGCAUUUCAAGCUUUUUUUACUCGGGGCUACAACACAUACACGUUAGAACUGCUAAUAUAAAAAUACUAAAUGUCAUUAUACGGGGAGAAAUGAGUCCAAAAAUCGGCGUUUCCGUGAUGUGCUAAGUGAACAAAAGUCAUUCUAUCAAAACCCAUAUUUCGCGCACUGAUGAGUCGUGUUUGAAUGACCUCUCUAGUCCCAGAUAUCGCACAGUGAUGUGCCGUGUGUUAGCGGCCUAUCAAGUCCCAGAUAUCGCACAGUGAUGUGCCGUGUGUUAGCGGCCUAUCAAGUCCCAGAUAUCGCACAGUGAUGUGCCGUGUGUUAGCGGCCUAUCAGGUCCCAGAUAUAGCACAGUGAUAUGCCGCGUGUUAGCGGCCAAUCAAGUCCCAGAUAUAGCACAGUGAUGUGCCGUGUGCUUCAGUGACAUUACGUUACCAACCCUACAAUUCCUUCUUCCGGAGGACAAGACUCCUCACAGUCAGAGACAGAAAUGGGUUAAAAGCAUCAGCUCAUUUAUUUUUGUACUUACGUCUAGUGUAAUUCCUGGUUUAAAGUGUGUUAUUUCCCCUGUGGCGCAAGUCAGCUGUGUGGCCUAAACAGUAAUGUGUUUAAACAUAAUUUCUGACAGGUGAGAUUGCAUUUCUACUGUAAAAAUUAAUAAAGCAUAGUAUUAAGCCUCUCUUGAUAAUUGCGAGAGAGAGAGAGGGAGAGAGGGAGAGAGAGAGAGAGAGAGAGAGAGAGAGAGAGAG